AUGAGUUCUGCAGGCGAGCGGGCAGGCUACAAGAGCAAUGGAAAGGGAAGAUCAGCCGAAGGUAAGGGCAAAGGUGACACAAAAGAAAUGCCUGCAGAUGAUCGCAAGGGCGAGCGGAAGGGCAGCGAGAAAGGCGAAAGAAAGGGUGGAGGAAAAGGCGACAAAGGUGGCAAAGGAAAGGGAGAUCCCAAAGGAGACAAAGGCAAGGGGAAGAGAGAGGUCAAAGUGGUCUCAACCGGCUUGAGAGGUAAAGUGAUCAAGUUCGUGGCUGGCAAGCCAAGUGGCUUCAUUCAACGGGCGGAUGGAGAGAAGGAUGUGUUCUUCGAUUUGGCUGAUGUUGUGGAAGGGGAGAUUGAGGUUGAGGAUUUUGUGGAGUUUGAUGUCGUUGAAGGUAUGGACAGAAAGCUGUAUGGCUCCAAAGUAAAGAAACUUCCAAAGGACACCGACCUGAAAGAGGAAGGGCAAGUUCUGAAGUCUACUUCAGUGCACACGGCUUCCAAAGCUGGCUCGCUCACCGGCGGCGGUCUCACUUUAGGGAAGGAAACUCGGCCUAGCCGCCUAGCCACGCGGCUCACGGCCAUGGCGGUGCAGGGCCAGCUGGACCUCAAGCCUGGAGACCGGCGAGCCCUCAAAGCAAGCAUCGCUGGCAUGUGCGGGCUGCUUCUAUGGAGGCUACAGUUGAGCUGUGCGCCCCACCCCUGUUUUGCAAGCUCGCCAAGCCUGCGGGUCUCAAGAAGUCGACCGCUAAGUCGCGAGCAUCUCGCUGGCACGGCGCAUGCGUCAUCCUCGCAUGCCAGGCUAAAUUGUGGCCGAACUCUUGCAGCUCCUGCGGCGCUUCUUGCUGGAGCGGGAGCUGGUGCCGCCGCCAACUCCCGUCGGCGCAGGUCAUUCGCAGGCCGGAAGUCUGCACAAGCGGAUGGAGAGAUGGCUCGGGAUCCAGAAGCAGGGGCCGAACGGGUGGCCCGGGAUCCAGAAGCGCCACGUUCGCAGGCAGCCGAACCCAGCAGGGGUGAAAGCGACGAUGGCCUGAAGGGGUUUGUCAGAAAAUUGAAGGAAGAUCCUGAGUUUCAGGAGGAUGUGAAGACAUUUUUCACGUCACUCACCGUGGCUCUUUUGAUCAGAGGUUUCCUGGUCGAGCCACGCUUUAUUCCGUCCUUGUCCAUGUACCCGAACUUCGACAUAGGUGACCAGCUCACAGUUGACAAGGUCUCGAAACGUUGGCGCGAGUACCAGCGCAGAGAUGUUGUCGUCUUCAACCCACCACCAGCCUUCAGCCUUGUUGUGGGCGGUGACAGAUCUGGAGAUGCGUUGAUCAAGCGAAUUGUCGCCCUUGCGGGGGACACGGUUGAGAUAAAGAAUGGCGGAACUUUGUACAUCAACGGUGAGGCACAGGACGAACCUUUCACGAACGAGGCUGCAAAGUACGACUUUGGACCUAUAACAGUUCCAGACGGAUGUGUCUUCGUCCUCGGCGACAACAGGAACCAAUCUCUGGAUGGCCACGUUUGGGGCCCCCUUCCUGUCGAAAACAUCAUCGGACGCGCGACUCUGAAGUUUUGGCCACCAUGGCAUGUUGGUUCUGUCGUCGCAGCUCCGCCUUGA